ACAUCCCUGAGAUUACCAUAAUUAAGAGAGAAAAAUUACAAGCUUCCUGCUACAAUGUCUUCGAAGCCUGUCCUUCAUUACCUGGACAUCAAUAGCCUAGGGCGAGGAGAAGUCGUGCGACUGUUCUUGAAAGACGCCGGAAUCGACUUCCAAGAUAUUCGUUAUGCAUAUGAUGAUACCUGGCCUGCGACCAGUGCCAAACUCCAGGCUCAAGGCAUUACAAUCACAGGAAAGGUUCCGGCGCUCGAGUACAAUGGUACUAUUCUGACGCAGCAUAUCUCAAUCUUGCGUUAUCUGGCCCGGGAGCUGAAUGAUUAUGACGGCCAGACAAGUCUAGAGAAAUAUGUAGUCGAUGCCGUGGCAGAUAUCUACAUAGACUGGAGAUCCCAAUGGGUUGCCAACCUCAUGAAUGCGUCGGAAGACUACAAGAACAAGUCUACGCCGAAAUACUAUAGUAUACUAUCGCAUUAUUACUCGCAACAUGAUGGUCCUUUCCUCCUAGGGGACAGAAUAACUUACGCCGAUUUUGCGGUCUAUCAAUCUAUCGACAACGAUGAGAAGACUGGUACUCUUCCGGAAACUCUACCCAGUGUACUUGUAGCGUUCAAGAAGGCGUUUGAAAGCCGCCCUGGCGUGAAGGCUUACCUUGAAAGUGGCCGUAGUACCAAUACACAGUAGUCAACUUAUUGUGGGACUCAUGAUGAAACUAUGUACGAGGUUAGGAAUAGGACAUUGUUCCGUUCCCUCUUUCCAAUAUCGUGUAGUUUACUCUGAGUUUGAAUAGUUGACCGUCAAUUGAUGCUAUGGAUUGUAUCUCUGG